AUGAAGAAAAGACGGGAAGGGAGUUUUGAUUCUCACGUGCCUGAAGUAGAGAUAGAAGAAAUGAAAAGCGACUGCAGUUUCGUAGAAACUGAUCCGGAUACUUCUGGUUGUAAAGGAUCGGAUUCUAUUCGCGACCCUGGUGCAGACAUCGAAACUGGUUCCCAGGAAACGGAGGAAAAUAAGCAUGUACCAUCUACUAAAAAUUCCAAGGUAAACUCUGAAAUUGAGUCACCUUCAGAAUUGAUGUUUGGAACGCAGUCUCAGCCAUGGGUGUUUAAAAUCAGCCUUCCCAGGACUGGAGUCGUAGCUAUUGAUGGCUAUUUCAGGCUUGGCAGGACUAUAUGGUGUUCUUAUCAGUUGAAAAAAAAAAAAAAUGCUCUUGAAACAAACAAAAAACUGAAAGGAUAUUUGAAAAUGGGCCGAAGUGGUUCGGAUUUAAAACCUUUUUUACAUAAUGCUCUGAAGAAGGAAAAGUACCAUAAUCUUGUGUGUAAAAAUGCUUCGUUCAUGAUUUUCCAGUUAAUUUUCCCACGAAAAAAUGAAAAUUUAAGCAUAUCAUAUCAAAGGUUACUGAAGGAUUGGGACAGUCUGAAAGGGCGCACAUACAGAGGAUUGCAAGAUUAUUCUCGAGCAAUGCGAGCAUUCAAACGAGCGUUAAAGAAAUCUGAUUACAUAGUAUGCCUCAAUGAAAAGGAGCUGAUUUACAGAUUUUCAAGUGAGCAAGAAAUUGAAGAAAUACGGAAGAGAAGGAAAAGAAAAAAGGAGGAAACGAACAUUAUAGCUAUAAAUCUAUAUUCUCCAUGUUCUUCUGAUUCUGGUUAUGAUACUGCAAAAUCACCAGAAGCAGCACUAGAAUAUGACCAUUCGAGUGAAAAAAAUUCAAUACUAUAUUCUAUAGCUCAUGACCACUUUUUUGGUGGAAUAUCUGAAGAGGCCUGUCUAUUGAAGAUGAAAAAAGAAGAAUUAAGUACUAUUCCUGAUGAAAUUCCCAAAAGGGAAUACAGUGCAAGAUUUGGUAAUGAAAUUAGGACUGAAAAUAUUUCUUCGGAUGACUUACUGGUUUAUUUAGAAAGUAUGGAUACUGAAUCAUUACCUCCUUUAAAUGAAAAAGAUUAUGAUAUUCUUUGCAAAGACCUGUUAAGUGAUCCAAAUUUCAAUUCUGAAUUCUUUACAAGUUUGGACUGUUUGCUAGAUUCAGGUGGUCAUCCUAAUUUGACUCAAGAGACCUGCAAAGUUUGGCAGUUUGAGGAGAUGUGUAAUGUUACUCAAGAUUUGUUGAUGUUUAUUUUUAAGCCUUUGGAAAUCACUGCUGUUAAGGGAAUUCAAAAUUGUGAAGGUGGUACUUGCUUUCACAUGCCUGGUAAGGAAAUGGAGAUUUUCCAAUGCAGUAGAAUUGUGAAGCUGUAUAAACUAAAAGACAAUUACAUUAUGUAUUUGCAGCUUGAAGGGCAGUUUAGUUGUAUUUAAUGCUUCUUGUUGGCCGAGUACUGAGUCUUAACAAAAAUUUUAGUUGGUGAUCAUUAAAUCAUCAACUUUGAUUUCACCUAAAAAUUAAUUGUUGAAAUGCAGACCACAUGAAGUGUGGUGAUGUUUACUUAUCCUUUGAGAUGAGGAUGUUCUUUUCAUUACUAAAUGGGGACAUUUUAACCCAGAGAUUGUACUGAAAUGGUAUUUUGAUUAAGUUUGUGUUUAAAUGUAUUGAAAUCAUAUUUAGAUAAAGUUUGUAUUUAAAUGAAAUCUAGAUGAUGCUAAUUGUUAAAAACAAAGUUGCUGUUAGAAUCCCAGUAUGUAUAUUUUUGUAUCUCAGAUUCAUAUAAUAGUAUAAAAUUAUAUAAAAUACUGGUAGUUUAGUUUUUAAUAAGUAUUAAAAAAACUUUUUAAAUGCAUUUAAAUAAAAAUAAAUAAAUAAAUGAGAUUUGAGAUCCCCAACUUUGAUUUUAAACUUCUUUGUUUUGAAAUGCAUUUCUGAUAAACCUCAUCUCAAGGAUAAGAUUGUGUUCAGAUUUAAAUAUAUGAAUUGAUUUGGGGGUCUAGCAGAUAAGGUAUAAACCACCUUAUUGACCCUGCCUUAGUGCAUCGAAGAUUAUUAUAAUUGUAUAAUUAUCUUCGGUUAUGGGUCCUAGUGCUAGACUGUUAUUAUUAUAUACUUCUGUGGAAUUUCAUAAGAUGAUUAUAAUGAUAAAUGGCCUGUAUAUACUCACUUGUCAUAUAAAUUUGAAAACAAAGUUUAUCAGCUGGUCAUUUAAAUAUUAUGCCAAAUUUGGUACAUCUUGGUUAUAAUGCAGCUUUAGAGGUACCGUAGUUUCAGAUUUUGAAAUAUGAUGUAAGUAAUAUGAUCUUGUACCUGUACUGGAAGCAAAACAAGUACUUAAAUAAAAAUUGUGUUUUUUAUUUAAUUAUAAAACCUUUUUUUUUUCUAUUUAAGUAAAUAAAACUAUUUGGGAGAAAAAAAUAGUGCUUCCAAACUAUUAGCAAUGAAUAUGUUAAGGAAAUAUGAAGUGUUAUUUUAUGGUUUUCCUGUGAACCAUGAAAAUUUGCAAAAAUAAUUCCAGUAGGCAUUUGCGGAAACAGAUUGUCUUUAUUUAAUUAGAUCACCAACAGUUACAAGUUACAAAUAUGGCAUAUAAAGACUUAAAACAUUUGUGAGCUCAAGUUUUGAGAUUAUCUGACAGAGAACUUCAUUAAAACUAGCAUUAGCCAUUCCAACAGUCAAAAUUUUCUAGUGGAAUAUGAAAUGCACCAAUAAAUCAAGUAACCAGGCAAUUUACUUAUAAAUAUGAAAAGGAUUAUUAACCUUCAGAUAAAUUAAUCAUGUUUAAAAUAAUCGCCCAAGGAAUCUUUACAGUUUAUUUAGCAUUUCUUCAGGCCAUCAAAACACUGCUUAAAUGCAUUGUAACUAACCGUUCACGAAAUACGUGUAACAUUUGAAGCUGAAGGGUGACCUAUCUUUGGUUCAUCUUCAAUGCUUUCAUGUCCACAUUUAAAGCAGUUGUACAACUCAUACCCAAGUGUUUUUGAUAACGAUGCAUCGUCAUAUACUGUUUGAAUCAUCUUGAACAUUUUAAUAGUAGAUUUACCUAAUUUGUAACAAAAUUUAAUGUUAUUCCAUCUAGAAGUCCUCCCCGCCCCAGUAAGCCGGUUAUGGUGGCACAUUGAUAAUGAGUGUUACAUAAAAACAAAGCAAGAUUGUAAUAAGACAUCAUGCAUACACAUUAUUCAUGUUAAAUUGCAUUGUUUAGCGAUGGUGUUGAAAAGGGUCAGUGGAAAAAUAUGUAUGUGUAGGAAAUUCUGAAGAACGGAAUAUUUUGAAAAUGUUUCUUAAAAUCAUUUAAGAACACUUACAUUUUGAUUUGCUUUUCUGUAUUUUGUAGUAUCUUCAUAUGUUAUUUCGCUUUCACUUGAUAAAUUUUUACUUGUAUGUAAUUAAAAGACUGAAAUGCAUUAUUGUUAUAAUUUCUUCAUUCAAUAAAAGUCUUUUUCGAUUUGA